ACAAAUCAGAAAAAUACAAAAAGAUGUUAAUUAGAUGAAAUUUGUUUACAAAAUACAUUUUUAUGGACUAUAAAUGCCAAUUAGUAGCACUGCUGCUACUGUUGAAAAGAAAAAAGCUGUUCGAGGCCAAAAUAAAACCAUAGAUCAAAAUGUGCAGCAACAAACAGAUGAGAAAAAUUUGUUGCAAAUAGCUCCAGCUUUACCCAUCAAAGAUAGAAGAAAUUUUUAUGUUAGAUCUCAUAGUACAUUAAAUGCAUCUACCUUAUCAAAACUACAUGAAUCUUCAAAUUUGUGCGAACCUGUAUUACAGAUGUUUGCAGAUGGUUCUAUUCAUGUAUCACGUUUACAAGAAGAGAAGGAAGCACAUCCUGACCGAAUAAGCUUAGAUAGACGUGGACUGACUCUAGUUCCUUUUAUAGAUGGAGAAGCUAGACUAAGACUACUAUCUUUACAGCACAAUUUAGUUAAUAAUUUAGAAACUUUAAGUAAACAAUUGUUUCCUUCACUAGUCUUUUUAGAUAUUUACGAUAAUCAAUUGGAAGAGAUUCAGUAUUUGGAUACUUUAGAAAACUUGAGAGUUUUGUUGAUGGGAAAAAACAGAAUAAAGAAGAUAGAGGGAUUAGAAAAUUUGAAAAAAAUAGAAGUUUUAGACUUGCAUGGUAAUCAAAUUACCCAAGUUGGAGGACUAUCAAAUUUAUCUGAAUUAAAAGUAUUAAAUUUGGCUGGAAAUCAAAUUAAAACUAUAGGUGUAAAGGAUUUAAAUGGUUUAGGAUCACUCCAAGAGCUAAAUCUAAGAAGAAAUAGAUUGAAGAAACUUCUUGGGUUUGCUGAUACACCCAAUCUUUCAAAGUUAUUUAUUAGUAACAAUGACUUGCAAAGUGUUGAAGAUAUUAGUAGUCUGGCGAAAUCGACAAACUUGCGAGAAAUAUCUAUAGACAAUAAUCCAGUAUCAUUGGGUGGUGACUGUGUUUCAUUCUUGGUAUCAUAUCUACCUCAAUUAACAAGAUUGAAUACUAUGCAAAUUACAGAACAAGUGCGAAAAGCUGCUAUGGCCUGGCGUAGAAAUAAAGAGAGUACAAAUACUACUUAUAUGGACUUAACUAGUGAUGUUUCACUGAACUAUAGAAGAGAAGAAGUUAUAUCAAAUGCAAGAACAAACUGGGAACUACUCAGGUCUCAAACCAAAUGUUUGACGAGUAAUCUAAACACAGUUGAUAAAACUUUAAAGAAUUUGAAACCUGAUUCAGAUUUUGUAUUAACUUCUCUUGCCAAUACCAAGGCUAAGAACAUUGUAGGUUUAACCAAAGCGAAGAGCUAUACCAGUAUUACCACAAAAGUACCUGUUCUACAUGAUAAAAAGCGGUUUUUAGUAAGAACUCCUUCCCAGGACACAGAAAAUUCUCAAAAUACCUCUUCAUCAAACAAUUCAGGAAAUGAAUAUUUUAAAUUGCCUCCUAUUUUGGUACCUAUUAUUAAUAAGUUGGAGCAAAAAGUUGAGGAGCAAAGUAAGGAAAGUGUAAAGUUAUCCGGAAGUUUGUCUAGCAUUGGACCAAAUAUUGAUAGUUCUGUUAGUUCUUUAGCAAGUGGAAGUGAAGCGGCAGCUUCUUCUUCAAGUAGCUCACAGGAUUCAGAGUCAGAUUCAGUGGAUGAGGAGAAACCAGAGGAGGUUGAACAAACAGAGAUUAAUCAAGAGGCUACACUACCAAAUAAUGUGGAAAUUGUUGAAACCCAAGCUAAAACCAACAGCGGUAAUACAACUGAAACUUCAAGUAACCUAUCUGCAACAACAGCAUCUAAUAUAUCAGUGCCUAGUAAUUCUAGCAGUGACAAUUCUAGUAAUAAAUCGGUGACAAGAAAUAUAAAAAGUGCAGUACAUGGAAAAACCAUUCCUCCCAAAUUUAACUCGAGAGCAUCAACAGCUAAAACAAGAAAACAGUCCUCGCCUGCUCUUCCAAAGGAUAGAGAACAAGGCGGAGACUAUCUGAUUGAAAUUUGUGGUAGAUACCUAAAUAUUUAUGGCCAAGGUGCUCUAAGAUUCAUUGACAAACCGUGGAAUUCUGGCAAAGCCCAUGACGUUGUUACUGUUAAAUUUAACUAUGUUAAUUUUAAUAGUAUAACAGGAAUAUUGUCAAAAUUAAAACACAGAUUCCCAAAUAUAGAAAAUCUUGUUUUUAAGGAGACAAAUAUAACUUGCAUAGCACAAUUAAAUGCUUUGGCAGAAAUUCAGGGGUUAACAUCCUUAUAUAUAGAUCCCGAAGGAAAUGCCAUUUGUGAGAAAAAUUGGCAGAACUAUGCAAUAUUUAGAUUAGCACAUUGGGGUUUAAAAACUAUUAAUGAUAAAGAGAUCUCGGAGGAAGACAUUAAAAAAGCAAAUGAGGAGUAUCAAAGUCUGAGCGAUUUAGUAUUAUGGUCACUGCCAGAUGUAUUAUUGCAGCCACUUCUUGUUAGAUUAAGAAUAGAUAUAAAUCAUGGUGUCCCAGAACAAAAUGCAAAGAAAUGGUUGUUAUCAGCUGAUCCUGAGUUAAAAAGUGUUGUCAGUAAGGAAGCACUCCAGUGGAGGAAGGGAUCGCUUUCACAGGAGGACAACCUUCUAAGACAAAAAGCGAAACAACAUAUAUCCGGUUUAUUGGAAGAAAUGACGUGUGCAAUGAAUAAAUUAACCCUCUUAGAACAAGAAUGGCCGACUGUUAUGCAUGGAUUUGUUCAAAAUACUCUUUUGGACUAUUCCCAAUUAGACAUGUAUAUGAAGCAAAAGAUUCAAGAACUGAACAAAUGAUAUAUUCCACUGCCUUUUUGGAUUUUGUGACACUAUCACGCACAAUUUAUUUUUA